UUCUUAUUCUGUUAACCCAUUUUCUUUCUUCUCCCUCUUUUUUGUAUCUUAACCUAUACUUCUCUUACUUUACUACACUUAAGUUAUUUUUCUCUCCAAACUACUUCUUAUAUUCAAUUCUCUAUUUUAAAAGUCAAAAGAAACAAUCAUAACAAAGCUUAAUAACUUUAAUAUUAUUUUCAUCAUAUAACAUAAAAUACAAGUACUUAUCUCUUAGAUUGAUAACUAAUUAUAAUGGAGGAUUCUGGAAAAAAUUCAAGUGAUAAUGAGAUGAUGAAAUCUUCUAACAGCUGUCCUAGAGGUCACUGGAGACCAGCUGAAGACGAAAAGCUUCGAAAACUCGUUGAGCAACAUGGCCCUCAGAAUUGGAAUUCCAUAGCUGAAAAGCUCCAAGGAAGAUCAGGGAAGAGUUGUAGGUUAAGAUGGUUCAAUCAAUUGGACCCAAGAAUCAAUAGGAAGCCUUUCACAGAAGAGGAGGAAGAACGGCUUUUGACCGCCCACCGGAUCCAUGGGAACAAAUGGGCAUUAAUUUCGCGACUAUUCCCUGGUAGAACAGACAAUGCCGUCAAGAACCAUUGGCACGUUAUCAUGGCUAGGAUGCAAAGGGAGCGGUCCAAGCAACAAUCAAACAAGAGAUCAAGCUUAAAUAGUUCUAGUAUUUCGUCGUCUACCACCUCAUCAACUCAUGAUCUCCUCUCGAAAACAUGGAAAUAUCAUGGCACCCUAAAGAAUAAUGAUCAUAGUCACGAAUUGUACAAGUUUGAACAAAAUUUAAACAAGGAGAUGAGGAAAGCUAGUACAAUGGCAUGCUUGACUUUUCCGCGAUCAUGUAUAAGCAAGGGGACUUAUAGGGCAUCAUCUUCGACGAUACAUCCACAAUGUUUACUUGGAAAUUGGCUUGGAAGUAAUAAUAGUACUAAUAGCUCAUUAUUUGAGCACUCAAAUGGUUUUGAUACAAGGUUUUCAUGUGGAAGAGGGUUUGGCUCAUCUUAUGGAGUUAAUUAUUUUUCCGACCACAACAAGGCUAUUUCUUUUGGUUAUGCUCCACUAGUCAGCCAAAGCAAGAGGACGACAACAACUGCUAUGAGGCAAUCAUCAUUACAAGAAGAAGCACUCGAGGAUGGAGGAUGCGGUCGUGCAAUGGCGAGUAACACCAAAGAGGUUCACUUCAUUGAUUUUCUAGGGGUGGGAAACCCUUCUUGAUCAACAAAAUUCAUGCUCAUAAGUUUAGUUUAACAUAAAUUAUAUUCUUUAAUUUAUGAUUUUAAACCGGCUUAGGGUAAGUUUAUUGGUGAGUCUUGAGUGGAGUCUUGACUCAAGACUCACAUACAAGGCUUGUGUUUUUUGCAAUAAUGUGGUGCAAGACUAUAUGUAGUCUUGAGAUGAGUUUUGAAAUCCAAAACUCAUCUUAAGACUCUACAAAUUGAAAAAGAAUUCUAAUUUUUUUUUUGUUGGCCAAUGAUGAGCUGCCAACUCAUCAACUCAAAAUAGUUAUUGAUAUUUUAAUAAUGAUUGUUAAUAUUUUUUAGGAGGGUAAGUGAGUCUGAAGUGACUCUUGGGAUAAUGUGUUAAAUUGAAAAAAGUUUAGUAUGAGUCUAAAUAAUAAAAAAUAAUUUAAAGCCAGUAGAAAGUUGACGUGACAGAUUCUGGUGUAUGAGUCUGGGUCUUGGGAUAAACUUACCCUUAUUAUUUUUUCUAAUAUAAACUCCUCUCUCUCAAUUUGUUUUUCCUUUCAAGCAUCUAAAGAUGCAUGUAGAUAGAGAGGGGUUAAGUUAUAGGACUUAAUUAUGAGUUAGCUAAGUUAUGGCUAAUUAAACUUAGGUUAUACAAAUAUUUUACUUGU